AUGUCCCAGGUCAAGAUUCACCGCGUCUCCCUCCAACCUCGUUCUCCUUCCACCAACACUCCCUCAUCCCCUGUCGCAUCCCUCCCCCGCGCCCGUCGCAUCAACAUCAACCUCCCCUCCCCCUCCGUCACCGCCGCCGCCUUUCUCUCGCCCCUCACCGGCGAGUCGACCCUGACCGAGGACAUCGUCAACCAAGAGCGUGCCCGCUACACCACCCUUGUCUCCAAAAGCGCCACAUCCGAGGCGUUGAUGAAGAUGCCCAACGUUGCCACCAAACCUGUAUCAUCCGACGACAUUGAUCUUUUGGCCAUCGUUUCCUCACCUUCCUCCACCUCCUCCUCCUCUUUCUCGACAGACUCGCCUGUCGCCUGCAACCUGCCCCGUGCCAAUCCAGCCCCAUUCUCCAACAUGAAGCUAACCGUCGAGUCCCAACAACAACAACAACCCUCUUCGUUUGCUUCCGGCUAUCCCAUCCAAACACAGAGAGACGAGCGCAGACAACAAGUGGGGAUGUACGGGACUAGAAAACCGAGUUAUGAAGAGGAGAUCAGAGCUGAUAUGAAUGAAAACAAGGGCGGAUGUCAAAGACAGACGAUGGUCAAGGCCUUGAGAGAGAUUGAGAUGUUAUAG